GACCGACACUAGCAUCACAUCAGUAGGCGCGCGACCACCGCAACGAACGCUCGUCACUCCGCACAAAGCGUUCACGCAAACAUAAAAUUAUCGUAUACUGAUCCGCUCCCGCAGCGUCAGCGAUCAGCGUGACAGUGUUGCAGUGUAAGGCCGACGCGACGGAGGCGGUGCAAGGUAUGCUGAUGGCGGGCGCUCUGCCGGCCGAGCCCGAGGGGCUGCUGGCGUUAGGCGCGCUGCCCGGACAAAAGGACACCACAUGGACUAAGCUAUUCGUCGGUGGCCUGCCUUACCACACGACCGACAAGAGCCUGCGGGAACACUUCGCGGUUUACGGAGACAUCGAGGAGGCGGUGGUCAUCACAGACAGGCAGACGAGUAAAAGCAGAGGAUAUGGAUUCGUAAUAAUGGGAGACCGCGCGGCAGCGGAGAGAGCAUGCAAGGAUCCAAACCCCAUCAUAGACGGGAGGAAAGCCAACGUAAACCUCGCGAUAUUAGGCGCAAAACCGAGAGGAAAUUUAGCACCAGGCUUUGGGUUGGCGGCGGCAGCGGCAGCGGGCGUACGCGCCGGCUACCCCACAAUGCUACAGUCGCCGUACGGGUUGUCCCCGGGGUACGUGUAUGGAGCGCCGGGGUAUGCAGUUAGCGGGGUGGGCGGCGGAGUAAGCGCGGGUGCGGGCGGGCUAGUGCAGCUGCCUCCAUUGCAGCACGCCGCAGCCGUGGCAGCAGCCAACCACUUGUACGAGUAUCAAGCGGCCGCAGCACAGGGCGCAGCGGCCUACCAGCAGCAAUACGCAGCUGCCGGCUUCGAUCCUUACGCAACAGCUGCAGCUGCAGCAGCGGCUGCAAGUGGCGCGGGUUACAUGUCGCCGUAUUACGCGCUGCCGGGCGGCGGCGUGCAGGCACCCCUCCUGCCGCCCCUGCCCUACCCCCCGCAGCUGCAGGAGGCGCGCAUGCAAUGAGACGGCGUCCAACAGACCCCGUGGCUACUCUACUACUGAAAUAAUACGAUUCCCUACUUAACCCACAGCCUCUACGCAGGAUAACAACAGAAGCUAUACAGGCCCUAGCGGUUGUUCAUCAUUCAUCCGUGUUCAUCAGUGCGUAGGGGUCCUAAUGUCCUAGUAGCCGCAAUCUGUUGAUGAAAUUGUGAUGAAAUUAAAAAAAAACUUCCAAGAUACAUAUACGACAUCUCCAAAUGUGAAUUGGAAAAAAUGUUACCGCUACAGAACCAAAUAUAAACAAAACGUUUAAAACUAACGUAAUGCGUUCAAACCAAAAAGAAGUAUGACCAAAGCUAUGAGCUUAUACCAAAAUAUUGAAGACAUCUCGAUGUUUAAAUCUUUAAGGUACGGAUAAAGGUGAUGGGUCGAACCUUAGUAGACAUUGUACUUAAUAUAGGAAGUACGUAAGUUAAAUUGAGGUUAAUCUAGAUAAAAAUUAGCUAUGUUAAACAAAGCUCUUGCCACGCCUUCCUGUAAUCACAUAAUUUUUAAUAACAUAUUAAUAUAUCUGUACAUAUCACACCUUAUUUUCAAAUGUAAUA